UGGCAAUCUCAUAAUUUCCCGCUGCAUUAAACGCGGCUUCACUUUCCACACUUUCGUACAAAACUUUUUCAUUUUAAAUUCCAUUUUACUUCAAAAACAAUUAAAUUAAAUUUAUUUUCUUUUGUUAGGAAUAUUUCCCUCAGUGAAAAAAAAACCCGUGAACUCACUUUUUUUGGUUCAACUACAAAUGCAUUUUGUUUCACUUUUUUCACACUAGCGAACACAGAUACUCUUUCUCUCUAUUCUUUCACUCCUUUUCUCUGUCACUGUGUAACUGAAGAGUACAAAUUUUCUGAAUCGUUGAAGCAACGAAGUUUCAGAUCUCCUUUUAAUUCGAUUUUGAGGAAAUAAUUGAAAGUGAAAUUGAAGAGUUGGAGAGAGAUUUGUUCAUGGAAUCAAGGAGAUGAAGUUUUAUAUAUCUGCAAAGGGAAUAAAGAGAGUUACGAUAUCAAACGGUGGAAGUAAAGGAUCGGGUAAGGAUACGACGGCGGUGACGGGAGGGAAUCCGGCUGGUAGUAUUUUCUCAGGUCGCCGGAUUUCACUCCGGACGGUGCUUCCGGUGGUGUUGGUUCUCGGGAUCUUGUUGCCGUUUGUGUUUGUUAGAGUUGCGAUUUUGGUGCUUGAAUCUGCUACUUUUUGCUCAUCAUUGGAAUGUGCUGGGUGGAGGUUUUUCAGUGGAGCUGACACGUCACUGCAACUCAGAGAUGAGCUGACCAGAGCGCUAAUGGAAGCAAAUGACGGCAAUGUUAAUGAUAAUGAAGGCGCAGGAUCAUUCAACGAGCUUGUGAAUGAGAUGGUCUUAAAACAAGACCUCAAAGCUUUUGCUUUCAAGACCAAAGCCAUGCUAUCACAAAUGGAACACAAAGUGCAAACAGCAAAACAGCAGGAGUCAGUUUAUUGGCAUCUGGCUUCAUAUGGUGUUCCGAGAAGUCUACACUGUCUUUGUCUUAAGUUGGCUGAAGAAUAUGCUGUAAAUGCCAUGGCUCGAUCUCGUCUACCUACUCCCGAAUUCGCUUCUCGUCUUGUUGACCCUACUCUUCAUCACCUAGUUCUCCUAACUGAUAAUGUCCUUGCUGCCUCUGUUGUUGUGACCUCUACAGUUGAAAAUUCAUUCAACCCUGAAAAAUUAGUUUUUCAUAUUAUUACCGACAAAAAAACUUAUGCUUCAAUGCAUGCUUGGUUCGCCACCAAUUCUGUUGAACCAGCUGUUGUUGAAGUUAGGGGAUUACACCAAUAUGAUUGGUCUGAAGUAAUGAAUUCUGGUGUUAAAGAGAUGCUGGAAACUAAUAACUUAAUUUGGAAGCAAUACUACGACAAACAAAAGAACAUUGAUAAUAGUAAUUUGGACGCUUUAAGGCCCAGCAGCCUUUCCUUGAUGAAUCAACUCCGCAUUUAUAUGCCAGAGCUUUUUCCGGAUCUCAAAAAGAUAGUAUUCUUGGAUGAUGACGUUGUAGUACAACGUGACUUAUCUUCUUUGUGGGACUUGGAUCUUAAUGGAAAAGUCGGUGGUUCAGUAUACAAGUCAUGGUGUGAAGACAACUGCUGCUCUGGAAGUAAAUACUUGAACUACUUGAACUUUUCACAUCCUCUCAUAUCAUCAAAUUUUGAUGGUGAACAGUGUGGAUGGCUCUACGGCAUGAAUGUAUUUGAUCUUGAUGCUUGGCGAAGAACAAACAUAACAGAGACCUACCGGAAAUGGUUGAAACUUAACCUCAAGUUUGGGACAGCGUUAUGGAAUCCAGGAGUGCUUCCACCUGCCUUAAUUGCAUUUGAUGGUCAAGUGCAUCCUAUAGAUUCAUCAAUGCUUGUGACUGAUUUAGGCUAUCGCUAUAAAUCUGAAGAAAUUAGCAAAGAGAGAUUAGAAGCUGCUGCUGUUAUCCAUUUCAGUGGCCCUGCAAAACCAUGGCUUGAAAUUGGUUUCCCAGAGUAUCGAAGUUUAUGGAGUAGAUAUGUAAAUGUCUCAAAUAAGUUUAUUAGGAGAUGUAGAAUUUUAGGGUGAAGGGACAAAGUUCUUCCACCUCAUAUAUUUAUUAAGAUUGCACCAUUGAUACCGUGUUGGAUUAGAGGGAAGAAGCUUCCGCCUUCAGUCUCUGAUUCAUACGUUCGUUCUGCAUGAUAUCGAUUACACCAUGUUCAUAAUCAUAUAGAUAGUAAAUAGAUGAAGCUACCAAGAAAUAUCUUACUAGAAGCAGUAUCUGCAGUUAAGAAAGAUAUAAUCAUCAUUGAUUUAACUGUCUGACAAUACUGUAAAUUUGUUUUUGAAAUGGAGAAAUUGUUUAUGUUUCAAAAUUUCAUUGAGACAGUUCUGAAAUCUUGUUGCAUAAAACUCUAGGUAAUCGCUUAGAGACAGACAGCUUUAGAUUUCGUCCUUUUGGUCUUGUAAGUUCCUAUAUUGGAGCCAUCAAAUUUAGUUUGCUAUCUCUUGUCAAAAAAAAAAAAAAUUUAGUUUGUUAUCAUUGUUGUGUUACUUACACUGGUUAUUGUAGUAUUGUGUAGUGCUAUGAACACAAAUAGUGGAAAAGAGUUUAACAUCUGUACAGAUGUAACUGAUGAGAAACUGAAAUUAAUGUUCAAUUAUAUUUAUUUUUAAUAAAAUAUUUCAUGUUAGUUCUCCCCUA